GGAAGAGAGGAAGUGCCAUCCCGUUUAAAGUUUCCGAUUCCCAAAGAGAUACGCAACAGUGAAUCCAACCAAUUUCGUAUGCGGCUGCGUCAGUUGCUCCUUCUUCUUCUGCUCUGCAGAUUACAAUUAUUAUAGCAUGCCCAGCUCUCAACUUCAUUGAUCCGUCCGCCUCCUCGAUCUCCUAGCUUCGUUUUUCUUUCCUCUGAUUAUCUGUGCCUUAAAGAUGGGCUUUGAUCUGGAGUCUUUGUCGGAGGCCACAUCGGGGGCCAUUGGAGCUCUGGUUAGCACCACCGUCUUGUACCCUCUCGAUACCUGUAAGACGAAGUAUCAAGCCGAAGUUCGAACUCACCAUCAGCAGAAGUACAGGAAUAUUUCUGAUGUUUUAUGGGAAGCAAUUUCUACCCGACGGGUGCUUUCAUUAUACCAGGGCCUUGGGACAAAGAACCUGCAGUCCUUUGUUUCACAGUUCGUUUACUUCUAUGGAUACAGCUUCUUCAAAAGGUUGUACUUGGAGAAAAGUGGAAACAAAACCAUCGGAACAAGAGCAAACUUGAUUAUUGCUGCUGCUGCUGGGGCUUGUACGGUAAUAGUGUCACAGCCCUUGGAUACAGCAUCCUCGAGGAUGCAGACAAGUGAGUUUGGAAAAGCCAAAGGACUUUGGAAGACUCUUUCAGAGACCACUUGGAGCGAGGCAUUUGAUGGUCUUGGCAUAUCUCUUCUUUUGACAUCAAACCCGUCUAUCCAAUACACCGUAUUUGACCAGCUGAAACAGAGGCUGCUAAUGGGGAAGCCGAGCCCUAAAACAGGAACAGAGUCAUCCCCAGAAGCUCUUUCUGCCUUUUCUGCUUUUGUGCUGGGUGCAGUUUCAAAGUGUGUCGCUACCUGCUUGACUUACCCGGCUAUCAGGUGUAAGGUCAUGAUUCAGGCUGCAGAGUCAGAUGAAGAUGAAAACCAAGAAGCUGACCAAAAAACCCAGAAGACAGUUUCAGGUGCACUCUAUGCCAUUUGGAAAAGAGAAGGCAUACUGGGUUUCUUCAAAGGAUUAAAUGCCCAAAUACUUAAGACUGUGCUAAGCUCGGCGUUGCUUUUGAUGAUAAAGGAGAAGAUCACAAAGACAACAUGGGUCCUAAUGUUUGCACUUAGAAGGUAUCUGUUUGUCACCCGCGCCAGACUAAAUAACACUUAGAUCAGUCACGAGAGUGAAACCUACAAGGCUAUAUGCAUGGAAGCCUCAUAAGUGAAGAGGAUCCAGUGGAUUUUUUAAUGGUCCAAUAUAAAUUUGUAGAACAGGGGGAUUUUCUAUCUCUCCUCUAACUAUACCGUUCAAUAAUGUUAUCAUGUUUAAGGGCGUCUUAAUCGAAGUACCA